CUUUCUCCUGUUCAUUCUCGAUCCAGACCAUGAUCGAGCAGCAGUAGCGUGAGUCUGCCAUCAUCAUCUGUUCGGGCUCCGAGGUCAGAAAAGUUCUGUGUUGGCAAAGAAAGCGUCCUGCGCACCGAAAGGUUCGUCGCUUAGAUCGCAUUGAAGUCUCUUGUCUUCAAGCCGCCCAGGCGGACACGUGCUGGUUCAUCCAAUUAGCGGUAAAGUUAGGCCAAGAUUAGAACCGAACCAAUUCGAGUGCAAAAUGAUCAUCUGGUCGCAUCAGUUCGAGGGCAAGUGAAAGAAUGUGAAAUGGGAACCGUCUACUAGUUUAUUCCGCUUAAAUUGCGUGACUAGCAUAGAAUCGACUGAACUCUAUCUGGUGAUAUCCAAUAAAGGAGGAAACUAAUAGACAAACCAGGUGCAACAGUUGUGGGGGCAAAACAGAAGAAAAAGUCAUUCAGUGUUGAAUUCAAACGCUCGCCGUAGCAGAUUGACCGCAUCAUAGAAACGAGCUGAAAAUCGAAGAACAAAAAUUAGAUUAGCAGGUUCAUCUGGGGGCUUAUGCGUGUGGGCUGGGCAAUCGGAGUGGCAGAAGCAACAGUAUAUACGCAAAGAAUUCGAUCUUCGGAAAGCAUCGCACAUAAAAAAGGUGUAUAACGUUGUUAGUUGCAAUAGUGCGGAAAGCAGGAUAAAAAUAAUAGUGAGCGGCUUGCAGAGCUACUGAGCGGUUGCGUGGAACCACAAGAAUUGAGAUAUUAUUAAGGUUCGCAGAACUCGGGACCUCUAAUCCGAUGGAACGAUUGGAAUCGACCGGCAGAAGCGCAGGAAAAAUAGCAAUUUUCCUAGUGCCGACUUUGAUCUUGCUACUGGAUGCUGCGAGCAUAGCACAAGGCGCUUCGACGAAAAUGAAUAAAUUGGACAACCAAGAAACUGGCGCGGGUGGAAAUGGUGGCGGUGGAGGUGGUGCCAAUAGUGGGAGACCAUCUCUGACCACCUACGAUCAGAGGCAAACCGGCAAGUACAACAUUCACGUCAACAUCAAAGACGUGAAGAUCAUCUCCGUGGAUGGCGAGAAGUUUGAAGGCGAAUUUGGGGACGACACCAUCUAUGACUAUGGAGACUAUGAUUAUGAUCCAGCACACCUGACCGUUAGUCCACUACCGAUUUUUGGCGGUUCCACGACCUCAAAACCUCCAAAGGCGACUACCAAAACACCGGUCUCGUUAACCUCCACAAAACGAACGACUACAACUACUGAAUCACCCAUGGAAGACCCGCCGAAAAGGCCAACCAUAGAUGACCCAGUUACUAUCGAUGCCAACCCCAUUAAAGAUGAUAGCUCUUCUUACAUCAUGUCGGCACCAAGCACCACAACGCUCCCAUCGAGCAAUAUAUACAUCUUCAAACCCACCCCCAAUUAUCACCCAAAUCCAGUACAUUACGAUUACCAAGAAAUUCCCGUCGAGGUUAUCGUCGAGCCAGUGCUCAAGCCCAAAUACCGAAACUCCAACUCUCGCGUUAUGGCAAAUAGACGCAAUCGACAUCGCAAGAACUCAUUAGGCGGAGGAGGAUCGGCUGCUGGAGGGGAUAUGGCCCGUCACGGGCACUCGGACAUUGAAGCGCUACCAAGUGAACCGGUCAUCAAUACCCAACUGCUUGCUGCUACACCCUGUGCCAGAGGAGAAUUUCGAGACAAGACCGGGAAAUGUCGCAUGCGAAGAGCCGGAAUACAGAUACAGGCUACUUAAUCUUCUGGCUGUUCUCAAGGAGAAGGAUGACUGAAUUACACUACAAAAAUGGACUGCUACUGUAAUGGUUAUUGUAGAUCAUAUGAGUCUACUAGAAGAUCACGCUUUUUAAAUUGGAUAGAAUUGAACUGCAUUUCUGAUAGCAAUUACACAUCGAACAAGUGUGGGAUGAACGAGAGAAAAUAAUGAAUAAUAUUUAUUAAACGAGUCAAUUCAAA